AUGGCUAAGUACACAUCAUGGAAUGACGAUAAGUACGAUAGAAACCCUUGGCCUUUCUUGGAAAUGGUAGCUAAGAACAACCAGAUCCCAAAUGAUCACCUUCGUAAGUACUGGUACCACCGCGUAAAGACAUACUUCGAUGAUCCAGCUCGUGCUCAACGCCGUCGCAAUGCUCGCAACCUCCGUGCUAAGAAGAUUGCCCCACGUCCAGCCGAAGGCCCACUCCGCCCAAUCGUCCGCUGCCCAACAGUUCGUUACAACAUGAAGACACGCCUUGGCCGUGGUUUCACACCAAAGGAGCUUGUUGCUGCCGGAUUCGAUCCAGCUCUUGCUCGUUUCCAGGGUAUCGCUGUUGAUGCCCGCCGUGCCCACUCAAAGGAUGCUAUGGUUAAGCAGAACGUCGAACGUCUUCAAGCUUACAAGGCUCGCCUUAUCAAGGUCAAGAAGGGCGAGACAGUCGAGCAGGUUAACGAUGCUGCUCUCUUCGCUCUUCCAAAGGCUCAGAACGAAAUCAAGUUCCGUGUUAUCAAGGCUGAAGAGGCCAAGAAGGAUCUCUUCAAGGAGAAGACAGACAAGCUCAAGGCUUUCCGCGAGGCCAAGAAGGAGAAGGCUGCUGCUAAGCACAAGAAAUAA